ACAGCAGUUCCUAAAAACACACUUCUCUGAAGAUGAACUCAAUCACUGGAACAUUUAUUUUACUGUAGCUUUCACUUACAUGAAGGGAAGUCCCACUCUGAGGGCUGAAAUCAGACCUGGAUCUGCUCUCCCAUUGCUUUUGCUGCAAUGUCUGGAUGCUUUGCCACGUUUUUUUGCUCUGCCAGACAUUUUUUGGUGCUGGAUCUGGUGACCAGACCUGUGCCUGGGAGUGUCACCGUGGCUGUACCUUAGAGCUUGCUGUUCUCAGCCUUUGGCAACGUGACCGAGCUUCACCUUGGAGCAGGACUGGGAAAAGGAUCACACUGGGAACUCUGUUUGCAUCUGGCUUGCUGUAAACAAUUUCACAGAGUUAUGAGCAUGGCCAAAUAUAGGGGAGGUGCUGUGCUCCCAUAGAAAUGACUUGAUAACCAGCAAAAGGCUUUGCAAGAGGCAUGGCAGGAAAGCAGUGACUGCAAACAUCCCUGAAUAAAAGGAUGGCAGGAAAAUAGUGACUGCAAACAUCCCUGAAUAAUCUAUACAGUACAGGUUGUAUGGGAAAAAAUCCAGCCAGGUGAAGCAGAUCAUGGAGGAGGCAGUGACGAGGAAGUUUGUGCACGAGGACAGCAGCCACAUCAUCUCCUUCUGCGCUGCCGUGGAAUCCUGUGUCCUGCACGGCCUGAAGCGGAGGGCAGCCGGAUUCCUGCGCAGCAACAAGAUCGCAGCGCUGUUCAUGAAGGUGGGGAAGAGCUUCCCCCUGGCAGAGGAGCUCUGCAAGAAGGUGCAAGACCUGGAGCAGCUCAUUGAGAACGCGCGAAACCAAGUCCAGGGCAUCCCAGAGAACGUGCGCAAGGUGCCGAAGCUGCCCAACCUGUCUCCUCAGGCCAUCAAACACCUCUGGAUCCGCACAGCCCUCUUCGAAAAGGUCUUGGAUAAAAUCGUGCACUACUUGGUAGAGAACAGCAGUAAGUACUAUGAGAAGGAGGCUCUCCUGAUGGAUCCUGUGGAUGGGCCAAUUCUUGCAUCUUUACUGGUGGGGCCCUGUGCACUGGAGUACACGAAGAUGAAAACCGCUGACCACUUCUGGACAGACCCCUCGGCAGACGAGCUGGUCCAGCGGCACCGGAUCCACAGCUCCCACUGCCGGCAGGACUCGCCCACCAAGCGCCCGGCGCUCUGCAUUCAGAAAAGACAUUCCAGUGGCAGCAUGGAUGACCGGCCCUCGCUGUCUGCCAGGGACUAUGUGGAGUCACUGCACCAGAAUUCCCGUGCCACGCUCCUCUACGGCAAGAACAAUGUCCUGGUGCAGCCGCGAGAUGACAUGGAGGCAAUCCCAGGAUAUCUGUCCCUUCACCAGACCGCCGACAUCAUGGCACUGAAGUGGACCCCGAACCAGCUGAUGAAUGGCUCUGUGGGGGACCUGGACUAUGAGAAGAGUGUGUACUGGGACUAUGCCAUGACCAUUCGCCUGGAGGAGAUCGUUUAUCUGCACUGUCACCAGCAAGUAGACAGUGGUGGGACGGUGGUCCUGGUGAGCCAGGAUGGGAUCCAGAGGCCGCCGCUGCGGUUCCCCCGAGGAGGGCACUUGCUGCAGUUCCUGUCCUGCCUGGAGAACGGCCUCCUGCCCCAUGGGCAGCUGGACCCACCCCUCUGGUCACAGCGGGGAAAGGGCAAAGUGUUUCCCAAGCUGAGGAAGCGAAGCCCCCAGGGCUCCUCCGAGUCCGCGUCCGACAAGGAGGAUGACGAAGCCACAGAUUAUGUGUUCAGGAUAAUCUACCCCGGGACACAGGCUGAGUUUGUGCCCCAGGACCUGAUGGACGGGCCAGGGGCUGUCCUGCCCCCCAUGUGGCAGCCCAGCACCCGCAAGUCCUCCUGCUCCUCCUGCUCCCAGAGCGGCUCCUCGGACGGGGGCCCGGCCAACGGCUGCAGCCACGAGAGAGCUCCACUGAAGCUCCUGUGUGACAACAUGAAGUACCAAAUCCUCUCCCGGGCCUUCUAUGGCUGGCUGGCCUAUUGCAGACACCUGUCCACGGUGAGGACCCACCUGUCUGCGCUGGUGAACCACAAUAUCGUGUCCUCUGACGUCCCCUGCAGUGCCAGCUCGGGGCUGACUGUGGACAUCUGGCAGAGAUACCUGCAGGACAGCACGAGUUACGAGGACCAGGAGUUGCUGCGGCUGAUCUACUAUGGCGGGAUCCAGCACGAGAUCAGGAAGGCCGUCUGGCCCUUCCUGCUGGGCCAUUACCAAUUUGGGAUGACGGAGGCAGAGAGAAAGGAGGCUGACGAGCAGACCCGUGCCUGCUACGAGCACACGAUGGCAGAGUGGCUGGGCUGCGAGGCCAUCGUCCGGCAGCGCGAGAAGGAGUCACACGCGGCCGCGCUGGCCAAGUGCUCCUCGGGGGCCAGCCUGGACUCCCACAUCCAGAGGAUGAUGCACAGGGACUCGACCAUCAGCAAUGAGUCCUCCCAGAGCUGCAGCUCUGGCCGACAGAACCACGCCCGGCUGCAGAGUGACUCCAGCUCCAGCACCCAGGUGUUUGAAUCUGUGGAUGAAGUGGAACAGACUGAAGUAGAUGCUCAGCUGGAAGAUGGCAAACAAAGCAAGGUCCCCAAUGGGACAGUUCCCAAUGGCACUUGUUCCCCUGAUUCUGGCCACCCCUCUUCCCAAAACUUCUCCAUCACAUCAGGGUUCUCAGAGCGCAGCUUCAGCAACGAGGACAGUGCCCUGGAAACCAAUAAAUCCUCGUCCAGCUCCCAGGGAAAGGCUGGUGGGUCCGAUGUGCCAGCCUCAGUGGACACGGAUGGUGUCCAGCAGGAGAAGCUGCAGGGCCAAGACAGCCUGGAAGGUGAAUUUCCCAGUGUUGGAAGUGUGGACUUUGUUCCCAUGGGUGAGGGCCCGGCGGGGGCCCUGAGUGACACUGUGGCCCUGACUGUGGUGGAGAGCUGGGCAGACAGCGAGGCUGAGAAGCAGAGCUUGGUGGAGAGUGAGGACAACCUCUCUGAGGAGCCAGAAAUGGAGAGUCUGUACCCACAGCUGGAUUCCCUGGCUGUGGCUGUGACUGAUCUGACCAACAGUGAAACAUCUGCUCUCUCCUCCACGGGUGUCACCUACUCUCCAGAGCUGCUGGACAUGUACACAGUGAACCUGCACCGCAUCGAGAAGGACGUGCAGCGCUGUGACCGCAACUACUGGUACUUCACCCCGGCCAACCUGGAGAAGCUCCGCAAUGUCAUGUGCAGCUACAUCUGGCAGCACAUUGAGAUUGGCUACGUGCAGGGGAUGUGUGACUUGCUGGCCCCUCUCCUGGUCAUCCUGGAUGAUGAGGCUCUGGCUUUCAGCUGUUUCACCGAGCUGAUGAAGAGGAUGAAUCAGAAUUUCCCCCAUGGAGGAGCCAUGGACACCCACUUUGCCAACAUGAGGUCACUGAUCCAGAUUCUGGACUCUGAGCUCUUUGAGUUGAUGCACCAGAAUGGGGAUUACACUCAUUUCUACUUCUGCUACCGAUGGUUUCUCCUGGACUUCAAGAGAGAGCUGGUGUACGACGACGUGUUCGCCGUCUGGGAGACCAUCUGGGCCGCCGCACACGUCUCCUCUGCUCACUACGUGCUCUUCAUAGCCCUGGCCCUGGUGGAAAUGUACCGGGACAUCAUCCUGGAGAACAACAUGGAUUUCACAGACAUCAUCAAGUUUUUCAACGAAAUGGCCGAGCGACACAACACCAAGCAGAUCCUGAAGCUGGCUCGGGACCUUGUCUAUAAAGUGCAGACUCUGAUUGAGAACAAAUGAAGGACACAGGGCAGACGAGGGAUCCAAAGAGCCGGGACUCCCCUCCGAUGCUUCCUCCUUUCUCCUCUUUCUCCAAGUGCCACACCUGUGGAACUCAGGCAGUGGGACACGUGCUGCUGGCUGAGCUGGGAGUACCCUCGGCUCCCCAAGUGCUGUGCCAGGGGCCCCAGCUCAGACCUUCUGCAGUGACUCAACCAAAGAUCCGUCUAGGUGUGUGUUACCCGUCGGGAGCAGGACCAGGCAGUCACUUCCUGGCCUUGCUGCAGCAGAAGGGCAGCAGGUGUGUGCCCACCACAACUGCCCAGGCAUUGCCAGCAUCCCAGGGCAGAGCUCGGGGGUGGGGAGAGCAGAACUCCACACCCUUUGUGGCACAGACAUAAAGCUGCUUCCUGGCAGUGGGAAGGCAGCCAGUCUGUGAGCCCAGACAGCACAGGGAUGCUGCCAUUCCUCAGCUGCUUACCAACAUGAUGAGGUUCUGCCAGUAACAGGGGGGACUUUGAUCACAGAAAUUCCUCUUUUGAUCUUGUCCCUUGAUGCGUUGCAUCCCCUUCAGUAUUUUAUUUUCCAAGGCUCUGUUUUCUCCCUGGGAUUUUACAUUGUUCCGACAAUAUCUGAGCACACAACAGUUUCAUCUCUGGAUGGAUUUUCAGAACAGCUCCAAACUCAGCACUGGGUUUGUUGUUUUUUCUGUAACCCUCUCUGAACACUGGGAAAUCUGGUCCUGACCUCCUCUGGGAACUCCCAGCUGGAGGUUUUCUUACCUGCCUUACUUUAGCUGCUUGUGGUAGGAGUCUGGUCUCCCUGUCAUUCCUUUGCAGCCCCUGUGAGGAGAGGGCUCCUCAGAAGGCAAGUCAGAGCUCCUGAUUAUCUUGGCUUUCCCUCUGAUGGUGCCUGUCUUCUCCUCUGGCCAUUAAGACCGGCUGCUCAAAGCUCGACAGGGCAAACAAUCCCCUUGGUGCCUGUGGGUUUUCCAUGUGCUGCCAAGCCCCCUAAGCCCACCAAAAGUCUCCAGUUAGGUCUUGGUGGGCUUCCCCCACAUGUCUGUGAAGAGAAGAAUAGCCCAAGGUCUCUGAGUGGUCUUUGCUUUGGGAAGAUGCACUUGUGUGGCCACUUUUCCUGCAGUGGCUCCAGUGUUGGGGCUGGAGCCCGCUGCAUGAAGUGCCUCUCAGCUGCUGUGUCCUCAGCCCUGCAGAGGGGUCGGAGUCAUUUUUCAACUCAGGUAAAAACAAUACAGGCAAAAGAGAGGUGUGGGUGGCUGGAGGGUCCAGCCCAGCUGGGGGGGGGGGCUGUGCUGUGGCCAUGGGGCAGGCACUGGGUUGGAGCCCUCUCUCUCUAAGGGUACUUUCUCUCAAGUUUUGCUGCAAAAAUUUGUGUUCCCCUUCUGUGCAAUGUGUGAUGUGUGUGUGCUCUCCUCCACUCCUCUGCAAGGGAAGGCCCUGCUCCUGCCUUGCUGCUGGAGUGCUGCCCACGGAAGGGAAAGGGCCUUUCCCUUCUCCCGUGUCUGUGCUGUUUUGUGUUGGCUUGUGGCACGUGUCAGAUGUUGCUUGCAGAAAACAGAUGUCAAUCUGCACAAGAGAAAACUGCUGCUUCAGGGAGGUUCUGUGGAGCGUGGUGAAGUGGUUUGCUGCUUGAGCAAAUGGGGUGGAAAAAUGAGCACUUUCUGUAUGCUGGGACAUGGAGGUCACAGCUGGAAAAGGCAGGGAGAGUGGCACAUCCUGAACCUUUGGGGGAAGAGGCUGUGGCAAGGGGGAGAGCAAUGGGCAGCCCUUUGCUCCUCAUAAUCCCAACAGAUGUGUACAAUGAUCUAGGAAAUUCCUUGCAAGAGUUUCCUGCAGUAAAUCCCCAAAGGGUGCUGGUCUGUAAGCAGCUCAGGAAACAAAGAGCUUCAGAUCUGCCAGUUCCUGUGUGAAUCUUCCAUCUUUCCACUAAGCAGAGCAAAAAGCUCCUGCCCUCUCUCCAUCCCAGACCGCUCCUGUUCCCUCGAGGUUCUAGGACAGAAUUGUCCCGUGUAACCUGUCCAGAGGGGAAGGGAAGUGCUCUGCCCUCCUCUUCCUGAGGGACAGGAACCGACAGGUCUCCUGAAACACAGUCUGACCAAGCAACAUCUCUGACAUCUUUGAAGCUUCUUUCCUUGGUUCUUAAACAAAAACAGCCAAGAAAUUCUGCACAAUAUUUGCUGUCUGUAUUAACUGAGAGUGUCUUUGGGCCGCUCAAUAGCAGUGUUUUUUGAAUAAUUUCCGAGGGGAAAAAAAUGUAUUUAUUUAUUGAUUGUACCUGACUGUGUGUCCUCGUGUGCUGGCGUGUGAAUGUGUGCUGUUGUGCAAAUGGAGAUAGACAUUUUCAAUGUUCUUUACGAUAUCUUGUACAUGUUUACCAGAGAACCGUGUCUAUAUAUAAUAUAUAUACAGUAUAGAGAGAAAAUAUGUGAAUUAAGUGGGUUAUUUUUUGAGGGGGGGGUGAGAAAUCUUUUGCUUCUAAGAACUGUGUGGUUUCUAUAGCACCUCUUCCAUGAUGUGCCAGUCUGUUUCUGGGAGAGUUGUUGUGGUGGGGCAACAGGAAGCUCAGAGCAGAACCACCAUCGUGACCUCAGCUUGGCUUCAUCUUAGUUCUGACUUUAAAACUGGAAAGGAAGAACAAAAGGAGGAAAGAUGGUGCUGAGUGUGCAGGAGCUACUCUGCUCGAGCUGUGUGGGGUCUUGUGCCUUGCCCGGGGAUUUGCUGGGUGAGAACAGUUGCAGAGUUGGGUUUUGGCGUGUCCUAGGUAAAUUAGAUAGUCCAAAGAGGAGUCUGUCACUUAAUUUAGGAUAAAAGUGUCUGGCCACCCUGUUUGGGUAGGGAGGGAGUGUCCCUGGCCCAUGUAGAACAUUGGAACUGAGUCCUCACCAGCCCCUGUUGCAGGCAGAGCCCCAUGUGCUGCUCCACCCCAAUCCCUACAAACAUCAGGAAAACCAUUUGCUCACUAAAUUCUUGUGAGCACUUGAGUCUGAACAUGGAGGUCCAGCUUUGUGUUCCCAGGAGGUCAGAAUCAGUCUGUGACAAUCCCUGUGCUCUGGCCCUGUCCAUGCCUGGUCCCAGCUCUGGUUUGGACAUCUUUCCCAAGUCUCAGUGGGGGCAGCUGUGCUGGGCCCUCCAGGGCAGGUUCUUGUGCUUGUGGAGACCCACAGCAAGGCACCCCCAGGUUUGGGGCUCUGAUGGCUAUAAACUCCUAAAAUGGAAGCAAAAGGUUUGUUGUGCAGCUGUUUGUGGGCAUUCUCUGGCCCAGCCUUUCCUGCAUGGCUCUGCCCCCAAGCUAGACCACCCUGAGAUAAAGCCUUGUGCUGGGGUUCCGACAGUGGGAAUCGUGGCCUUGGAAUCCAGCAUGGAUUUCUCCCAGCUGUGCAGCCAUGGAGGAGAAGCCUGUCACCAGGGAGUGCUUGUCCAUAUACAGCAAUCUUGUCUGGCUCCUUGGGGGAGAGGAAUGUCUCACCCCAGCAGCUCCGUGCAGCUGAGCCCCCCCCUGCAAUGGCACUGUGAGCUGGGGACUAUCUUUAGCCUGUUCUUGGUUCUGUGGGACCAGGGACUGGAGCUGCUGUGCCUUAAACGGACAGAGGGCAGGGUUAAA